UUACGUUGUUAAUUGUUUUUGUCUACUUAUAAUUUUGAAUAUUCUAAAUUUAUAUAUAGAAUAUUUUAUGAUAAUAUUUAUCGCACAACUUGUAGCGCAAGAUGAAUUCUCUAAUAAGAAGAAGCAUUUACCCGCUUUAUUGUAAUAAUUUCAAAUUAUCGACGCGCUAUUUCGCGGAUGGAGCGGUAAAGGAGAAGAUAGAUCAAAUAGUUAAAAAUAAUAAAGUGGUUGUAUUCAUGAAAGGAAUUCCUGACGCCCCGCGAUGUGGCUUUAGCAAUGCAGUUGUACAAAUCAUGAGAAUGCAUGCUGUUCCAUAUGAAAGUCAUGAUGUUUUAUCCGAUGAAAAUAUUAGACAAGGUAUAAAAGAUUACUCAAAUUGGCCAACAAUUCCACAAGUCUUCAUUAAUGGAGAAUUUGUUGGUGGAUGUGAUAUAAUGCUUCAAAUGCAUCAGUCAGGAGAGCUUGUAGAAGAAUUGAAGAAAGUCGGAAUUAAAAGUGCACUCCUCACAGCUGAAGAGUCAAAGAAAGAAGGAGCUUAAGAGUGACUAUGAUCUGUGGGUUCUUAAAAAUUAAUUAUCCAGAAUAGACAUGUAAUUUGAUGUGUAACAAAGUUCUUCAGUCUUCUUGAGUAGCGUCUAGACUUUAGCUAUCACUGUAAAAUGUGAAGGUUUAAUCUAUGAACAACAGGUAUAUAGUAUAUAGCAAUAAAAUAAAUGAUCUGAUGACUCUUGAAGAAAUAAGACACAUCAGUAAUUCACCUUUUAAUGUACCUAUCAAUUUAUUAGGUAUACAGUUGAAUCUGUUUUUCUAUUACUUCCUUGUAGGUUCCUUUCAUAAUUAGGUUGAGCUAAUAAUAUUUAUUGCUUGAAAAUAUUAAAUAUAGUACAAUUUAAAAAUCAACUAAAUGUUAACCUGUCCUUGUUGAACCUGUCCAAAUUAUAAUAUGAUUAAAUGUUUAAAUUACAAUACUGGUAUUCACAUAAUUAUUAUUUAAUAAUUUGUUAUUGUCAAUUGAAAGUGUUUAAAGUUUACUCGACUUUGGGAUAAGUUUGGUUCGUUAAAUAAAGUAAUGUUUGUUUUAAGAGCUCUUUAUUAAUUUAGCUGUACAUUCGAGUUAGUAUACUUUUUGGGCACA